AUGGCCGCUCUUCUCAAAAAGCCCCUGAAAGUCGCCCUCGUGCAGUUGGCAUCAGGAGCCGAUAAGACAGUUAACCUCGCCCAUGCACGAACCAAGGUACUAGAGGCUGCGCGAGCUGGAGCCUCGUUGGUAGUCCUGCCGGAAUGUUUCAAUUCACCAUAUGGCACCCAGUACUUCUCCAAAUACGCCGAAACGCUUCUUCCUUCUCCUCCAUCCAAGGAACAGUCGCCCUCGUUCCAUGCCCUAUCGUCGCUUGCCCAGGAAGCCAAAGCAUACCUGGUAGGGGGGAGUAUUCCGGAAUUUGCCCCUGAGAGCAAGAAGUAUUAUAAUACCUCUCUUGUAUUCUCGCCGAGUGGUGCUUUGAUUGCGUCACAUCGGAAAACCCAUCUGUUUGAUAUCGAUAUACCUGGAAAGAUUAGGUUCAAGGAAAGCGAAGUCCUUUCUGCCGGUAAUAAGGUCACUAUUGUUGAUUUACCAGAAUAUGGCAAAAUCGGCCUGGCAAUUUGUUAUGAUAUUCGGUUCCCCGAAACCGCUAUGAUUGCGGCUCGGAAGGGCUGUUUCCUCCUUGUAUACCCGGGAGCAUUCAACAUGACCACAGGGCCCCUACACUGGUCGCUACUAGGCCGUGCUCGCGCAAUGGACAAUGAAGUUUAUGUUGCACUUUGCAGUCCUGCCAGGGAUACCAAUGCCACGUAUCAUGCUUGGGGCCAUAGCCUGGUCGCCAACCCCAAAGCUGAGAUCCUAGCGGAAGCUGCUGAAAAGGAGGACAUCGUAUAUGCCGAUAUCGAUUCACAAUCUAUCGAGGAAACCCGGAAAGCUAUCCCGAUAUACGACCAGCGCCGAUUCGAUGUAUACCCAGAUAUAAGUAAGGGUGACAUCAAGUUUGAGGAAGAUUCCACAGCUGUCUCUGCAACGCGCAAAAUCAUAAUGUCGAGCGCCCAAGCCGGAAAGAAGGGAGGCCGUUCGGCCAUCUCUGAUGUUGUCUCACGAGAGUACACCAUCCACCUCCACAGGAGAGUUCAUGGCGUAUCUUUCAAGAAGAGAGCUCCACGAGCUAUCAAGGAGAUCCGUGCUUUCGCCGAACAGGCCAUGGGCACCAAGGACGUCCGCCUCGACCCCCAAUUGAACAAGAAGGUCUGGGAAGCUGGUAUCAAGGGUGUCCCAUUCAGACUCCGUGUCCGCAUCAGCCGUAAGCGUAACGACGAGGAGGGUGCCAAGGAGAAGCUCUACUCUUUCGUCCAGGCCGUCAACGUCAAGGACCCCAAGGGUCUCCAGACCGCUGUCAUCGAGGAUGCUUAG